UUCCAUGGUAACUGUCCUGUCUAAGCUCUGAACAACAGCGAGGAGUCGAGCUCAGUGUGAGAAUGGAGCUGGAGGAAAAAAACCCGGACCCUAAAUACGGGGAGUCCAGGAAGUUUGACCCAAACUUCAGAGGGCCCAUUCACAACAGGGGUUGCACAGAUGUCUUCUGCUGUAUUCUCUUCGUCUUGGCCAUGUUUGGGUACUUUGCUGUGGGUAUCCUCGCCUGGUCCCAGGGCGACCCCAGGAAGGUGAUCUAUCCCACAGACAGCAGGGGGCAGUUUUGCGGACAAGAGGGAACACCUCUGGCGAAGAAGCCUCUGCUGUUCUACUUCAAUAUCUUGAAAUGUGCCAGUCCGCUAGUGCUGCUGGAGUUCCAGUGUCCCACCACACAGUUAUGCAUAGAAAGCUGUCCUAACAGGCAUCUCACAUUGUUGAAAGCCAAGACAAAUACGGAAGACCUUGAAUACUACAGCCGAUUCUGUAAGGAAGGAGUGGACAUCAAAAAGUUGAAUGUUCCUGAGAUCCUGAGGGACGGCUUGUGUCCUGCGAUGAUCAUGCCCAGUAAACCCUUCACACGUCGCUGCCUUCCGGCUCUGGGAACGAGGAAAGGUGGGGUGGUGAUGGUGGGCAACGAGACCACUCUGGAUGAUGGAGAGGGCAGGCAAAUCAAUGCCACCAACGUGCUGGAGGCUUCAAAGAAGUCAAACAUGGUCAUCGAAGCUCGCCAGGUGGCCAUGAGAAUCUUUGAGGACUACACUCAGUCGUGGCAUUGGAUAUUGCUUGGUCUGGUGAUUGCCAUGGUUGUCAGCUUGAUUUUCAUCGUCCUGCUGCGCUUCUUGGCAGGCAUCAUGAUCUGGGUCAUGAUUUUCUUGGUUAUUGUGGUUAUUGGAUACGGUAUUUUCCACUGUUUCAUGGAGUUUAAGAGCCUGAAGGGAGAGCCUGGUUCUGACGUCACCAUCCGUGACCUGGGCCUGCAGACGGACUUCUCUGUCUACCUGCAGAUCAGACAGACUUGGCUGGCUUUCAUGAUCAUCCUGGCUAUCGUGGAGGUCAUCAUCAUCCUGCUUCUCAUCUUCCUCAGGAAGAGAAUAAUGAUUGCCAUCGCCCUUAUCAAAGAGGCCAGCAGAGCCGUUGGGCACGUGAUGUCAGCGCUGUUCUACCCACUGCUGACCUUUGCCCUCCUGGCCGUGGUGAUUGCUUACUGGGCCAUCACUGCUGUAUUCUUGUCCACCUCUAACGAACAGGUGUACAAAGUGUUCAACAACUCUGAAUGCGAGUUCUCACGAGAUACCUGUGACCCCAAGACAUUCAACACCUCCAACGUUUCAGCUCAGUGCCCUGAUGCAGAGUGCAUGUUUGCCUUCUACGGUGGCGAGACACUCUACCACAAAUACUUAAUCGUGCUGCAGUUUUACAACGUCUUCCUCUUCUUCUGGUGUGCCAAUUUUGUGACGGCCCUGGGCCAGGUCACUCUGGCAGGGGCCUUUGCCUCAUAUUACUGGGCCUUCAAGAAGCCUGAUGAUAUCCCUGCAUUCCCCAUCUUCUCCUCCCUGGGAAGAGCCCUCAGAUACCACACAGGCUCCUUGGCAUUUGGCUCUUUGAUCCUGUCUAUAGUCCAGGUCAUCAGGGUUAUUCUGGAGUAUCUGGAUCACAAGUUGAAAGGAGCCCAAAACAAGUUUGCUAAAUUCCUGCUGAAGUGCAUGAAGUGCUGCUUCUGGUGUCUGGAGAAAUGCAUCAAGUUCCUGAACAGAAAUGCCUACAUCAUGAUUGCCAUCUAUGGAAAGAGUUUCUGUACAUCAGCUCGAGACGCCUUCUUCCUUCUCAUGAGGAACAUCAUCAGGGUGGCUGUUUUAGACAAAGUGACAGACUUCCUGCUGUUUCUUGGAAAGCUCCUCAUUGUUGGAAUUGUUGGAAUUUUCUCUUUCUUCUUCUUCUCUGGAAGAAUCAAAGCUGUCGAGCAGGCUGCUCCAUCUCUGAACUACUAUUGGGUGCCAAUUCUGACGGUGGUAGUGGGAUCUUACCUCAUCGCCCACGGCUUCUUCAGUGUGUACGCCAUGUGCGUGGACACACUCUUCCUCUGCUUCUGUGAGGACUUGGAAAGAAACGACGGCUCGUCUGAAAGGCCUUACUACAUGUCCCCCGAGCUGCACGAGAUUCUCUCCAAAGUGAAGAGUCAGGAGGAAGAUCGAGACGGUGGCGACCAGCAGGAAGACUCUGCAAAGGAAGCGGAUGAGGUAAAACUGGAGGAGGAAACCCCUCUUCAGCAAGAAAACGGAGAGAUCCAACUGAAACAGCAGACCGUCCUCAAGCAGGAGAAUGAGGAGGAGCAGCCCCUGCAGUCCAAGACGGAUGCGGAAGAAGCAAAAGAGGAGAAGAGUGAGGAACAAAAAGACAGUCAAAUGGAGGAGGCUGAAAAGAAGGAAGAACCAGAGGUGAAGGAAGAGGCGGAGAAGCAGGAGUUGAAACAGGAAGAAAAGAGCGAGGAGGAGGCGUCACCUCCAGCUGUGGAAGUUGAGAAAGAUGAGACGGGCGAAAAGAAAGAUGAAUCCCAGGAAGAAAAUCCUCCCUCUGCACCACAAGAGUAGACAAUAAGAGUAUGUAACAGCAAAAAAAAGAAUGAGGCUUGGUAAACAUGAUAAAGCUUAAAAUGCAUACAUGCAGAGUGAAACGUUGUGAUGUGGAUCUGUUAAAUUUACGGCGAGCUGCAUUUCAGAUCGCCUCGCUAUUUGAGUGCCGUGACGUCCAGCUGGAGACGGUUGUCGUGUUUGAAGGUUGAAGCAGGUUAAAAAGCCCAGUGCAUUUCUGUAGCUUGAAAAAAAACAAAAACGCUCUCUUGUGUUGGUUUUUAGAACAGUGUUGGUUUUGAAAUUGUGAAGAUCUGUAGAACAUUGUGAGUGCUGAACCUGUGCCUGAUUACUGUCACUAAUAUGUGUUGUCUUAAUCCUGUUAACGAAUGCACUACAGAACCACAACUCACUAUGUUUACAGUCAGAACAAACACAUCUUAACUGAUGGUGAAUCUCCUUCACUGUUUACAAUAAUACCAGCUGACGCCAAAAUGUUACA